CCCCCUUUAACGAUUAGCCGAAGGCGCGUAAUUGAAGCUUUAAGUGCGUUUCAAUUGAAGCAUUUUUUAUUUUAUUUCUUCUUUUGCUUUUUGAGUACUUUGAUUAAUUAAUUAAGCUUGUACGAGGGUUCGGCUGUCGACUGACUGCUGACGACCUUAGCUGCAGCAGUUCAAGAGUCUUUCAAAGCGAUUAGCUAUAAAAACGCUUGGGGCGCAAGUCGUUUGGUUUUAUUUGCUGUACGGACAACAACUCCUCAGCAUGCAUAGCGGCGCAGUGGGCCAGCAUUUCCAGCUGUUACUAAUCCUCGUCAGCUUGAUGAUGUUCGAGUCCAGCUGGGCGGGGACCAUUGUGCAUACGCCCAAGGCUGGGCAGGCGGCGGGCAGCGCCGUUUCGCAUCAGAGUUUUGUGCGGCUGUCGACGGCGCCGCAGCAGCGGCCGCAGCUAAUCCUGGCGACGCCCACAGUGCGCAUUGUCAAUACAAAGGUCAGCAGCAAUUUAGCGAUUCCGGAUGUGCCAUACCACAACACACCUGCGCAUCUCACCUAUGCCGCUCAUCCGGUGGUCCAUCAGAUGCUGCCCAGAAUUAAGCCCGUGCGCAACAUAAGCUACGCCUCGCUGAGAGCCUCGCCCCACACACUCACACACACACUUGCACACACACUUCCGUACACGCAGCUUAAGUUUGUUUAGUUCGUGUUUUACACAGUUAAAA